AACGUGUUGUUAAUGCAUUCUUUGUGGGCGCAUGCACUUGUGGCUUUCCACCAAUUCUACCUUGACUCGAGGAAUCCAGUUAUCCGACUUGCUUGCCUCUGUCGUUGUGGGCUUGGCUACCUCACAGACCAACCACAUACAAAAGACUACGCUGCUUGCCGCUCCCUUACUACCUUACCUGCUUAUCCCAGGAAACUGCCUAACUACCUACUGUGGUACUGUAGCUUCUAUGGGGGCCUAGAGCUAAAGCUCGCCUCUUUCUGGACAGCUAAUUCAGCCCGCCCUUGACACAAACUUACCUAUCUGGCAUCUGACGUACCUUUUUUUGACGAACAUCCCGACCUCGCUCUACAUCCCCACGUUGCUGCUUCUCUGCUGUCCCACGCCAAUUGUGUCCUGCUCUGCACUAUCCACCUUUCGUUCAUGACGACGACCCUGAGCAGCCCGCGCAGCGAGCGACAAAGGAACCCAGGCUGAGGAGCGCCAUCGCGGCCGGCUCUGGCGUCCGCCAUGUGGCGAGAUCGCACGAACCUUUAUAUUUCCUAUCGGCAGUCAUACGCGCACCAUCCGACGAAACGGACGAAGUAUAGUGGUGCCGCCGGUGGGAAUAGCUUCGGUGAUGCCUUUCCAGGAAACAGCAGUUAUGCCAGUGGCAAUGAUGACACGCGUGGCCUCCUCUCAGCCGGCGCCUUCGAGGACGAUGGAGACGCCGUCAUAGAAAUGGACCUCCUCCCCCCGCGCUGGGCGGACGUAUCCGACGAGAUCACCGACUUGCUCGCCGACAUAGCCACCAAGAGCCAGGCGCUCGAGCGCUUGCACCAAAAGCAUGUGCUGCCUGGUUUUAACGAUGAGGACGCAAAAAAGGCAGAGGAGCGCGAGAUCGAGACCCUCACCCAACAGAUCACAAAGGGCUUUCACGACUGCCAUCGCUGCAUCCAACGAGUCGAGCAGAUGGUUAGGGAGUCCAAGCAUGCGGGAACGAUAACCGGUGCGGAGGAGACCAUGGCCAAGAACAUACAGAUAUCACUAGCCUCAAGGGUACAAGACUCAAGCGCGCUCUUUAGGAAGAAGCAGAGCGCAUAUUUGAAAAAAUUGCGCGGGAUGAGCGGUCUCAAUAGCGGUGUAGGCGUACCAGGCGAUCGGGGAUCGACACCGCAACCUUCGAGCUCGUAUAUGGACCCGUCGAUGCUCGAGUCUGACGCCGACAGGUCCUUCUCGCAGUCCACGCUCCAGGCAACGCAGCAAAAGCUCCUGCAAUCCAACGACGCGGCCAUUAUCCAACGUGAGAGGGAGAUCGAGGACAUUGCGCAGGGCAUUAUUGAGCUUGCCGACAUAUUCCGUGACUUGCAAAAUAUGGUCAUUGAUCAGGGUACCAUGCUGGACCGGAUAGACUACAACGUUGAGCGCAUGGCCACGGAUGUUAAGGGCGCCGAGAAGGAGCUCGUUGUAGCCGCCGGGUACCAGAAGAAGACGACCAAGCGGAAGAUCAUCCUCCUCCUGAUCCUUAUUAUAGCGGGUAUGAUCAUUCUGCUCGUCAUCAAGCCGAAGAAGCAUGGGGGUGAUGAGUAGGGUGGGGUGGGCUACAGGUGAUGUAAAGCGCGUUCAGACAACGCAAAAUGCCUCCCAGAAAGACGAGAGGUGUAAAUUAGAUGUAUGAAUUCUUUCUUGUGUUUAGAGUAAUGUUGAGCGAAUUUAAUGACCCCUCAUCGACUCGCAAUGAUUCGGGCGUCAUCACGUGUAUUGUCUACGGCAUGUGUGGUAUUACAGGUGAUGUUACACUUCUUGUGGCCAUACUCGCCGUGCUCUUUCCGGGGUAUACGUCCUCCAUCAGGUCCCGCAAUUUGGCAGUACUGGGCAGCAAAUCACGCCCGGCUGCUCUGUUGACCAGUUCGCUCAUGUUUUUCAGCGGCGGCAGUUCAGCCUUCCUGCGAGAUGCUCCCUUGUGCUGGGGCAGAUAGGCUCGAGCCAGACAUCUCACAACCUGAUCUUGAACGACAGCUGCCCGAAAUGGAAUACCUCUUCCAUUGAGAAUAGCCAGAAACCGUACACCCCGUGCGACUGAAUAUUCAGACGCGGCUGCCAUGCUGCUGGGAAGAGGACCCCAACUGCUGCAGGAUUUAGAGAAGCCUGCCUUAAACCCCCAUCGAACGAUCGCGGCGUGCAAAGCGGCAUUGUUGAAGAUCCGGCGCACCGGGUGAUGUUCGUGGGCGAUGGGCAGGUCAGCUGGCACGAGAACAUCAUUGGUCGAGCCAUCCACACCCAACGGCGGCGCAUCCAGGUAAUGAACCGGCAAUAAACCGCCCUCUGAAAUACAGAGCUUCUCGUAGGUGUCGAUGAUGCCGAUACAAAGUUCUUCCAACUCGCCGAUGCGGCCAAACUUCCCGAGGCCGAAGAUGAUCUUUUGCCAAUAAUGUGAGUGAACUGGCUUUUUGAGCAGCGUCAGACGCGUAAGAUAAGCUAUGGCCGUGUUCAGAGCCUCUUGGUUGACGGCUGUGGUCUUUGGGUUCCAUGGCAGAAUGUCAAGGAUACUCCAGCAAAUGUGUUGAACCGUCGACAUGGACACAUCAAUGUUCAUGGUCCGCAUGUCGUCCAGCAAGGCCAAAGCCUGUCUGCUCUGACCAUACUUGACACUUUCCUGCAGUAAAAGAUUCGACGUCAAGUCGACCGACUCUUCGACUAUGGCGGGUUGGAUUGCGACCAGCAGCCGAUGCGUCUUCCAGGCCCCUUCUUUUAAGGCUUUGUCACGGAUGCUAGCCAGCAUUUGGGGGUCGUCAAAGACGUCAGGGUGGAUGUCUGUAUGCAGCAAUUCAAGCAGCAGCUCGUUGUCCUCGUUCUCGGCAAACCGUUUUAGAACCUGCGAGUAUGCGGAAUGGCCAAUAUCAAUGUUGAUUUUGCGCAACUGCUCAAUUCGAGCCACGACUCGGUGUGCGAUAGGUUCGCGCAAUGCAAUCGACUGCAAUGACAGAGGACCGAUUUGGCGCACGCCCAGCGCAUGAACAGCAUGGAUUGCAAAAUCGAGCGGUACCCAAGAACUUGCGAACCAACGUGCACCCAGCGUAUCACUGUGUCGUCUUCCUGGGGAGUCGCCAUCAUCGCCGUGCGUGUGCUGCUUCAUAGCAUCCCAAAGAGAGUCGUAGUGAACAUCCCAAUACGCCGGUGAGUUCAAACCCACAAUCAUCUGCUCCUCAAGUUCGAGAGUGAUGGUCGGAUAGUAUCGAGCGAGGUACUUCAAGUACGGCUGGGACUCGGCUGUUGGUUGAGGCAGGUCGUUGUGGCUUAUGAACAGAUCGCGCCAUCCGUUGCAGUGUUGAGAAAGGCCAUUGCGAUAUAGAAGGGGGAUAAGCUCAUCGUACGAGCUGUGGUGAAGAGACGCGACGUAGAGCGCUUGCAGCGUCUGCUGCAUUUCGACCCUGGGAACAAUGGCAAACUCCUGUAGCAAGGCGCCGAAUCUUUCUGGCCCAGGGUCAAAGUUCGGCAUUAGCCGCAGAUGCCACUGUAUUGCUCUGAGGUACUGGCCAUUGCGCAGACAGUAAGAUAUCGUCUUCGAGUAGAGUGAAGGCCACUGCGCAGAGUGAGCACGAAGUAACCAUUCUGAAAACAGCACAACAUCCUUCAAACUGUCCUCGUCGUGGAGAACAGCUUCUAGGAUGGCACUCCAAAACAACUCGGCUUCUUCGCUCGUCACAUCGCGGAGUGACCUGAGCUUCUCCACAGCCUCCCAAAUGAGCAACACGCCGUCCCGUCCAUGUUCUCUCUUCGCGGCAACGAGCUGACUGAGCCAGAGCGACGCAUUAUUCUCGUUUUCAGGUAUGUCCACCAAUCCGAGGUCGGACUCACACAGCGUCCAUACAUUUGUGGAUGAGUCGGUUCGAGUGUCGAGACUUGGUUCCCGCCACUUUUUCAAAAUUUGCACUUUUGGGAGCUGACCAGAUGGGGGCCGUUUAUUCGGGAUUUCGUUCUGUGGGAGUCUCGACGCGUUGUCUGCUCUGAAUAUCGUCUUGCUCGGAACCGUAGGGCCGGCUACAGGAUGUAGAAAAGGCGACCUCGAUCGCGGGCGACUGCCUAUGAGGGAUUCGGUGCUGGAGUAUCGGGCUCCCACGCAAAAUCUAUUGAAUCUUCUGCGAGGAGUCCUCGGUAGAGCCGGGGCCGUUCGUCGAAUAGGAUCGAGUCCUUGAUGUGAUUGCCACCGUCCAAGGUGUGCUCUAUUCAAGUGACAGAGGCAUUGCGAGGCCAGUUGCAUUGCCUCGCGUAAAAAACCACCAAGGCAGAUUUUUGUUGAGGCGAGGCUUCAAGCAUAGCAGCCGGCACGUCUAACGAAACAUAAAGUCGAGUGCAGGCUGCAUAGCGAGGUCGAGGCUGCAAGUGGAAGCUGUGUGAUGAAAAG